GUGCCACGAGUGUCACUUUUCCAGAAGAUUCCUCUCAGGGGUUAAGGAGGCUGCUCAGAGCUUGCAGGAGCUGUGUUUUUACAGCUGGGCCUGCAGUUUACUGGGAUUCAUUCACAACCAUUUCCAUACUCAUCUGACACUUCCUCGUUGCUUUUAUUACAGAAAAAAAGAUCAAUUUCCAUUCCUUUACCUGUCUUUUGAUUACAGAAUUCCUUUUCCAUAAGGGGGAAAUUUCCAUUCGUGUUGUCCUUCCCCUUUGAAGGAAUUUGCUGCAGAGCUUGCUCUCUUCUAGCAUAAUGACUCUUAAUUACUAAAAGAUCACUAAAGCUAAUCACUGUGUUUUUAAUAACAAAUUUACCGUCACUGCCUGGAAUUGCUGUUUAUAAAUAGACAAUCUCCCAUUUCUUUUUUUCUCUCUUUUUACUCAUUCUCUUCCAUAUUUUCACUCGGGUUUGAGGUGAUUUUCUUUUAAUUCCUAUUUUUUUGCCCCCCUUAUUUUUGAGGUUAAUGCUUGGAGGAUUGGGGAGGAGGUGAUUUUCUUUUCAUUCCUAUUUUCACUGGUGUUUGAGGUGAUUUUCUUUUCAUUCCUAUUUUUUCCUCCCCUUAUUUUUGAGGUUAAUGCUUGGAGGACUGGGGAGGACCUGCUGGAUUGCUUCAGGCACAGAAUGUGGUGUGGGCCCAAGCCAAAUGCUUCUUGUUGUGCUGGCAAAUAAUUUAAAUAUGUUUUGGAGCUUAUUCCCUGCUUCUGCUUAUCAUAAACAUCCAGGAAUAACUCGUUGGAUUCUCCUGAUAGAUCCUAGGGUUGAUAACUGGAGAAAUAUCCUUUUAAAAAAACAUGGAUCAAACUUGGAUUGGAAUAUUUUGCUUUGAGGACAGUUUUGGUGCUGCUGGAUGGGUGAAAAAUGCUCGGCCGUGUCCAUCACUCCGUGGAUCCUGCUCAGCUUAUUAAAAAUAUAAAUAAAUAUGGGUUUCUACCUGGUUUUGACCUCUCAGACAAGUCCCUCCCUUCUAAAAAUGGGGGAAAUAAUUCAGGUUCACAGAUUAUUUCCCUGAAUAAUCAGUGCCUGUGAGACCAGCCACAGGUUAUCCAGGGAAUUUCUUAUCCAGAGGAACUAACACUUGUAUGUUAUUUAUUUUUAAGCUUAAUUCCCAGCUUCCAUAGGUCAUGGAGACAAGAUGCUGCUCCUGAAAUGCUCUGAGCUGUUAAGCUGUGCUGAGGGCUGGAAUUCCUUGAGCUCAGUUUGGGAAUCUUUCCUUGGCUGGAACAACUGGGUUUGUGUGGAAAGCCAAAUUUCAUCUCUGCUGUUGCAGAGAAAAUCCAGCAAAUGGUUAUGAGCCUUCGAGUGUCGGAGCUGCAGGUGCUGCUGGGCUACGCGGGCAGGAACAAGCACGGCCGCAAACACGAACUGCUGACCAAAGCCCUGCACCUGCUCAAGGCUGGCUGCAGCCCCGCCGUCCAGAUGAAAAUCAAAGAACUCUAUAGGAGAAGGUUCCCCCAGAAAAUCAUGACCCCGGCAGACCUGUCCCUGCCCAGCGUGCACUCGAGCUCCAUGCCGGCCGCGCUGUCGCCUUCCACCAUUCCACAGCUGGGCUACGACGGCCACCCCGCCACGUCCCCCCUGCUCCCCGUGUCACUGCUGGGACCCAAACACGAACUGGAACUGCCCCACCUCACCUCGGCCCUGCACCCCGUGCACCCCGACAUCAAGCUGCAGAAACUCCCUUUUUACGACUUGUUGGAUGAGCUGAUCAAACCCACCAGCCUAGCCUCAGAUAACAGCCAGAGGUUUCGGGAAACCUGCUUUGCCUUCGCGCUGACGCCGCAGCAAGUGCAGCAGAUCAGCAGCUCCAUGGAUAUUUCUGGGACCAAAUGUGACUUCACAGUACAGGUCCAGCUAAGGUUUUGUUUAUCAGAAACCAGUUGUCCACAAGAAGAUCACUUCCCACCCAAUCUGUGUGUGAAAGUCAAUGGGAAACCAUGCAGCCUUCCAGGCUACCUGCCACCAACCAAAAACGGUGUUGAACCAAAGCGCCCCAGCCGACCAAUCAACAUUACCUCACUCGUCCGCCUGUCCACCACGGUCCCCAACACCAUCGUGGUGUCCUGGACUGCAGAGAUUGGCAGGAACUAUUCCAUGGCAGUGUACCUGGUGAAGCAGCUCUCCUCCACGGUGCUCCUGCAGCGGUUGCGGGCCAAGGGAAUCCGGAACCCCGAUCACUCCAGAGCACUGAUUAAAGAGAAACUAACUGCUGAUCCAGACAGUGAAAUAGCAACAACCAGCCUAAGAGUGUCUCUUCUUUGUCCACUCGGCAAGAUGCGCCUGACCAUCCCCUGCAGGGCCCUGACCUGCUCCCACCUGCAGUGCUUUGAUGCCACCCUCUACAUCCAGAUGAAUGAGAAGAAACCCACCUGGGUGUGCCCUGUGUGUGACAAGAAAGCCCCUUACGAGCACCUCAUCAUCGAUGGGUUGUUCAUGGAAAUCCUGAAGUUCUGUACAGAUUGUGAUGAAAUCCAGUUCAAGGAGGACGGGUCCUGGGCUCCCAUGAGGUCCAAGAAGGAAGUGCAGGAGGUGACAGCAUCCUACAACGGAGUGGAUGGCUGCAUCAGCUCCUCCAUGGAACACCAGGUGUCCUCUCACCAACAGUCCAACAAGAACAAGAAGGUGGAAGUGAUCGACCUGACCAUCGACAGCUCCUCAGACGAGGAGGAGGAGGAGCCCUCGGCCAAGAGGAGCUGUCCCUCCAUAUCCCCAGCGUCCCCCAUGAACAGCAAGGGCAUUUUAAAUUUACCCCACCAAGCUUCUCCUGUGUCAAGAACCCCAAGCCUUCCUGCUGUGGACACCAGCUACAUCAACACAUCACUCAUCCAGGACUACAGGCAUCCAUUCCACAUGACACCCAUGCCUUAUGACCUGCAAGGUUUAGAUUUCUUCCCUUUCCUGUCAGGUGACAAUCAGCAUUACAACACGUCCCUCCUCGCCGCCGCCGCCGCCGCCGUGUCCGCCUCGGACGAUCAGGAACUGUUGCACUCCCGCUUUUUCCCCUACACCUCGUCCCAAAUGUUCCUGGAUCAGCUCAACGCCGGCGGCAGCAGCUCCCUGCCAGCCACCAACGGCAGCAGCAGCGGCAGCAACAGCAGCCUGGUGUCCUCCAACAGCCUGAGGGACAGCCACGGGCACGCCGUGGCCAGCAGGAGCGGCACGGACACGGCCUCCAUCUUCGGCAUCAUACCCGAUAUUAUCUCCUUGGACUGAUCCAUUUCUAGGUUUUUUUUGGGGUCGGGGGGGUUGGGGGUUGGGGGACAGAGGAAAUCUUCGUGCUCGGUUUUCCUUUCUGUUCAGAGAAAAAAAAAAAAAAAGUUAAGACAAGGGGGUUUUUUUUUUCCUUUUUUUAAAAAAGGGGAAAAAAAAAUUUAUGUGUACAGAGAACAAAAAAAAAAAAGUCUAUUUUCAGUUUUACUUUUGUAUAUAAACCUAAGAUGGCCUCGCUGGUAAAAAUAAGAAAAAAAAAGACAAAAGAGAAAAAAAUUAAGAAAAACAAGGAGCUUCAGUUCAUUUUUAUGGAUGCUGAAGAUUUUACACCUGUGCAUUUGUCAUGUGAGUUCCUUUUCUUUUCUUUUUUCCCCCUAUAGUUUGGACACCAAUGGCAUUAUUUUCUCCACUGUUACAGAAACAGGAGAGGAGCUGAACUUCUAAAGUUCAAGCUUGGGGAGAGGGAUUUUUCUCCUCUUGGAGACAUUUCCCUCGGCUGGUGGAAUGUAAUUCCCCAUCCCAUAUUUAGUGCAGAUUUUAUAAUUGUGGCAGCAGAGCACUCCCUGCUCUGUCUGCAGCCCAGAGCCCUUCAGGAGUGGGGUUGGUUUUUUGGGAUUUCUUUGACACUUCUGGUUCUGUGAGCCUCUCUACCCAAAUUCUCCUUUUGAGUUCCAUGCUUUAGUCAGGAAUGUUGCAAAUUCACCCAGGGAAUGACACAAAACUGACUGGGAGGUUUAGGUUGGAUUUCAGGGAAAAUUCCACCUCCAGAGGGUGUGGGGCAGUGCCCAGGCUCCCCAGGGAAUGCUGACAUUCCCAAGGCUGCCAGAGCUCCAGGAAUGCUGGGACAAAGCUCCCAGGGAUGCACAGGCUGGGAUUUUGAGAUCCCUGUGCGAGGACUUGGAUCCUGGUGGGUCCCUCCCAACUCAGAAUAUUCCACAUUUUUGGGAUUCAGUUACUCCUGAGGGCCUGACCCCAUCAAAUCCCAGCUGAGCAAUGACCUGUGGGACAAGAUGUUCCAUUUUCGUGGAGUGGAGCCCCAAAUCCCGGCUGAGGAACGACCUGUGGGACAAGAUGUUCCAUUUCCGUGGAGUGAAACCCCAAAUCCCAGCUGAGCAACGACCUGUGGGACAAGAUUCCAUUUUCGUGGAGUGAAACCCCAAAUCCCAGCUGAGCAACGACCUGUGGGACAAGAUUCCAUUUUCGUGGAGUGAAACCCCAAAUCCCAGCUGAGCAACGACCUGUGGGACAAGAUGUUCCAUUUCCGUGGAGUGGAGCCCCACAUCAUUUUUGUGAAGUGGAGCUGAGGAAUGAUUUGUGGCACAAGGUGUUGAAUUGUUGUGGAGCCUCAAGUCAACAUCAAAUCCCAGCUGAGGAAUGGCUUGUUGAGGAAUUCAUUGGGAAAUGAAUUUGAUUUGGACAAGAUGAUCCAUUUGUAUGGAGUGGAGCCCCAGAUCCCGGCUGAGGAGUGACUUGUAGCAUGAGAUGUUCCAUUUUUAUGGAAUGAAGCCCCUGAUCCCAUCUGAGGAGUGACUUGUGGGACAAGAUGUUCCAUCUUUUGUGAAGUGGAGCCCCAAAUCAACAUCAAAUCCCAGCUGAGGAACGACUUGUUGAGGAAUUCAUUGAGAAAUGAAUUUGAUUUGCACAAGAAGUUCCAUUUCUGUGGAGUGGAGCCCCAAAUCCCAUCUUUGGAGUGACUUGUAGCACGAGAUGUUCCAUCUUUUGUGAAGUGGAAACCAAAUCCCAGCUGAGAAUGACUUGUUGAGGAAUUCAUUGAGAAAUGAAUUUGAUUUGCACAAGAAGUUCCAUUUCUGUGGAGUGGAGCCCCAAAUCCCAUCUUUGGAGUGACUUGUAGCACGAGAUGUUCCAUUUCUGUGGAGUGGAGCCCCAGAUCCCA